CUCAAGGUCGGCGCAUAAUAGCAGAACAGAACACGCUAAGAAAAAUUCAAAAACCAAUUUAACCACACAAACCCUAACCCUAGCCCCAUCUUCAACCCCUUCUUCUAUAUAAAUAAUCCAAAGCCCAAAUCACCAUUGUCAAUUCUCCUCUCCUCUGUUUCCUUUCCUCAAAGGAAAGCUACUCCUUAACCUUAGCUAUCGGAAACCUUCCCCUGUUUCUUCCUUAUCAGCGAAAUAGAUCACCCAAAGAAACCAGACCUUUUUGUUGUCUUUGUGAAUGGUGGAAAUCUUAAGCACUAGUAAUUACAUGCUCUCCCUUUGCCAAUCAAGGGCGGGCGUUGUCUCUGCUGCCUUCGCUUUCGCUUUUGGAUCUUGCAAGGAAGGCUGGUACUAUCGCUGUCUCGGCGUCGACCCCUGAACUCGCCAAUCCAUAUCGAAUUUCAGUGUUUUACAGAUUUUCUUUUCGAUAAAUUAAAAAAGAAAGAAUCCAAAUUCUCUGUUUUUAACCAUUAUUUGAUCUUCAUUGAGAUCUUCUUUUAUCUGUUUAUUUUUUUUUUCGAUUUGCUUGAAAAAACAAAAAAUGUUGCUUUACAAACCCAAGAAGAAUCAGCCCGCUAAGGGCAACAGGCUCUUGAUCAGUGUGACGGUAUUGGGGAGUGCGGGACCGAUCCGAUUUGUGGUGAAUGAGGAGGAGCUCGUCGCUACUAUUAUUGAUACCGCGCUCAAGUCUUAUGCGCGUGAGGGUCGGCUUCCAGUCCUUGGCUCUAAUCUCAACGAUUUCUUUCUUUAUUGUUCCAAUGCUGGGUCAGAUGCUCUGAGCCCAUGGGAAACAAUAGGAUCACUGGGCUCUCGCAAUUUUAUGCUAUGCAAGAAGCCACAGCCGGUGAAGGUGGACAGUGAUGCAAGAUCAAAUUCAGCAAUUGCUAAGGGGAGUGGGAGUUGGAAAUCAUGGAUUAACAAGUCCCUCAAUCUUAAGAUCUCUUCUCAUUAGUUGAGUUUCAAGUAAUGGAAGAUACCACCUCAUUAUCAAUUUCCGACAAAUGGAAUUAUUUAUCCCGUUACUUUAUUUUUUAAUUUUAGUGAAUUGUAGGGUAGAAUUUGGUCAUCUUGGUUAUGUUUGCUUGGCUAUUAUCAGAUCGCUGUUCUGGCUUGAGUCAGAAACCUGAAGAGUUGGUAUUCAGGGAAUAAAUUUGUAUUCUGAGAAGUUUUGCUUUGGAAUAAAAAAAGGCAUAUUUUUUUGGUGUCUUA